AUGGGGGGACCCUCACCUAUUUUUGGGGUUCUCGUGGUGGAUCCACUGAUGGCAGGACACGACUCUUCAAUUCUUCUUCAAAGCCGACCCGAGGGACGCCAUCUCCCUUUCCAAAGAAACAAUGAAGUGUUUCCCGUAUUUUACAAUUACAAUUUUUCAGAAUUUGCAGGCACAUGCCAGGUGUUAGACUUGCCUCACAACUGGACAGAUGCUUCUACUCACUAUGGUGAUGGUUUUGCCAAAGCUGCAAAUCCAUUCUGGAAUGAACUAUCUGCCUUGAACCCAUUUCUGGAUGACAUCACUAAGCUAAGAAAUAAGCAAAAGAGAGAUAAUUUGUCCAUUUUGAAGGAAGAUCCUUUUCUUUCUUUAAAGCAAAUUGAAACAGGGAAUUCUUUUGAUUCCUCUGAAGAUGAACUUGACAUGGAUCAGGUGCUUAGGCCGUCUUCCUCGAGGACGUCGGAAAGGUCUAGGAGUGUUUCAGAGCUCCUGGAAAUCUUACACGAUACAGCACAUGCUCAUCAGAGUAAACACCACUCUGACCAGAUCCUAGUACAAGACUUAGAGUGGCUUCAAAAUGACCGAAAAGCAUACAAAAUGGCUUGGUUAAGUCAACGUCAGCUAGCAUGCUCUUGUGUGGAUCUGAAUAUAAUUAAUCAAAGUCCUGGAUGGGCUCAAACACAAAUUGCAGAGACCAUUACAGUUUGUAAAUUAAACCACGAAGGAGGGUCAGUUCAGUUACCUGACUCAGACAUCAUUGUUCAUGUACCCCAAGGACACAUAGCCGUAGGAGAAUUCCAGGAGGUGUCUCUGAGAGCGUUUCUGGAUCCUCCACCGAAGCUGAACCAUAAUCUCUCCUGUACUGUAAGCCCUCUUUUGGAGAUAAAGUUAAGCAACCCUAAAACCAUGAGAGCUAUUUUGCUGGAGAUGAAAUUUGGAGCUGAAGUGAAAAUAGAUCCUCUGAGCCAAGUCAUGACAAAAAUGGUGUGUUUACACAGCCUGGACAGAGAAGGCCCUUUCCAAGAACUGAACAACUUCUAUGUCUACAAAGAUACCAUCCAAGAGAGGGCCUUCAGAGUGGUGAGGUGAUUUGGGCCCGCGACAGGGGCCCGGCGAGGGGAAGCUAGGACUCUCCCCGAGCCAGCUGCUACCAUUUGGGAUUAUAUUCACAAAACCACUUCCAUUGGAAUUUAUGGGCCCAAAUAUAUCCAUUCAAGUUUUACUGCUGUUUUUGUAGUUUGUGGGCACAACUAUGUGCCAGGAAAGUUUGCAGUCUCUGACAUUAGGAUGGGUGGAAAAAAUACAUCUCCAGUAGUAUUUUAUCUCUGGGGAAAGCAUUCAUGUUUACUUGACAAGCCACAAGAUUUAAUUAUUUCAGCUUUUUCAUGUGAUCCUGAUUUUGAAGUAAAGAUAGAGAGAGAAAGGCAAAUGAUUGUACAAAGGCAGUUGGAAGCAGGUGCAGUAGUCCAUCAACAAGUUUUCUUUUCUUUGGUUGACCACAGAGAGAUGCACUCCUGUUUUCGGGUUCAUGUGGGGUCUCCCAAUGGAAAACCAGUCACACAAUUCUUUGUCACUUCACCUGAUCCAGCCCCAAACCUCAAAAGGCUCUUACAUUUGCAGAACUAUGUUCAGGAGGGAGAAAGCAAGAGAGUGCCUUUGUUAUCAACUGGGUUUAUCAACUACCCCACUUUCCAAGUUGAAAAAGUGAAAUUCACCAAUUAUGGGUUCACAGUGAAGACGGUACUGAGGCAAAGUAAAAUUGACUACUUACUUGAGUAUUUAAAGGGGGCUAUAAUUGCCCUUCUUGGAGAAGGCACAGUAAGAGCCAUUGGACAGUCCAAAGUGAAAGAGUGGUAUGUAGGUGUCCUUUGAGGUAAGAUUGGACUUGUACAUUGCAAAAAUGUCAAGGUGAUUUGCAAAGAACAAGUAAUGUCUACGUCUGAUAGUAUUUUGACAACCAAAAAUCUUUUGGAGCAAAUUGCCUUGCCAUUUAAAAAUCUGACUUAUAUAUACUCUGUUGUAUUGACUCUGGUGUCAGAAAACAUUCAUGAUUGGAAAGUUUUAGCUAAUGUCCUGAACUACUCACAUCUGGCACAGGAAGAUUUUGAUCAAAUUCAAGCAGACAAUGAACCAGAAAGGGUUUCUUAUAUUGUCAAGAAAUUAAAGGAAGAUUGCCAUAAAGACAGAAGUACCAGGAAGUUUCUUUAUGAACUGAUUGUGGCUCUGCUAAAGAUGGAUCACCAAGCAUUAGUGGCACGUCUUCUCCAAGAGGCUGUUAUUCUAACCUCAGCUGUUAAGCUCGGAAGAAGCUGGAGGGAACUUGCUGAGAAAUCUGCAGGACUCACUAAGCAUCAGAUGCAGGGGUAUGAAAUUCCUUACCGAGGAAAAUCUGGAGAUGUUUCAGCCGAGGUGAUCCGGUUGCAGCCUUUCUAA